AUGGACAAUCAUACCACCGUGAGCACAUUCCUUCUGUGGGGAUUUUCCAGUUUUCCAGACCUGCAAGAUCUCUCCUUCAUGAUGAUUUUCUUCUCCCAUGUGACCAUCCUAGUUGCAAAUGUGUCCAUAAUGGUGGCCAUCAAGCUCAAUCACAAUCUUCACACCCCCAUGUACUUUUUCCUCUGUGGUUUGUCCUUUUCAGAAACCCGUACCACUAUGGUAAUCAUCCCCCGCAUGCUAGUGGACUUGCUAUCAGAAAGCAAGACCAUUUCUCUUCCUGAGCAUGCCACACAGAUGUUUUUCUUCUUUGGCUUGGGAGCUAACAACUGCUUACUCUUGGCUGCCAUGUCCUAUGACCAUUACACUGCUAUUCACAACCUGCUGCACUACACCAUCUUGAUGACCCAAAAGAUCUGCUUUCAGCUCAUGACAGCUUCUUGUGUUUCUGGGAUUGUGGUGUCACUGUGCAUUGUCCUUGUAGUAUUCAACUUGUCCUUCUGUGACUCCAGCACAAUCAAGCACUUUUUUUGUGACAUUACAUCUGUAGUCUCCCUUGCCUGUGAUUACACCUUUUUUCAGAAAAUGGUUCUUCUUGCCUUCACUGCCUUUGUUUUGGUGGGGAGCUUUAUUUUCAUUAUGAUUUCCUGUGUCUUCAUUGGGUCCAUAGUUAUGAGGAUGCCAUGCCAGGGGAGGUAUAAGGCCUUCUCAACUUGCUCCUUCCACCUCACUGUGGUGUGCAUACACUAUGGAUUUGCUGGCUUUGUCUAUCUGAGACCCAAGGACAGUGACUCAUUCCCUGAAGAUAUGCUGAUGGCUGUGACAUAUACAGUACUGACACCUCUGCUUAAUCCCAUUGUUUACAGUCUAAGAAACAAAGAAAUGAAAAUAUCCCUAAAGAAAGUACUAGGCAAUAUACAUAGGUUUUCCCCUAGAUGGUAA